AACAAUGCUCUCCAGUUCCUCAACAAGCAUCCACAGAAAAAAAAAAAGAAUUUUUUUAUUUUUCCCAAUUCUCAAUUCCUCAUCUUGCCUUGCCUUCUUCAUCAUCAUCAACCAACCAAAUCCAUAGAAAAAAAAAAAAGAGAAUUUUUUUUUUUAAUUUUUUGCUCUUGGGUUCGUUCGAACCCAAAGCCUGGGUUCUGAACGAACCCAAGCUUUGGGUUUCAAAUGAACCCAAGUAGCCUGGGUUUUGAACGAACCUAGAGCCUGGGUUCGAUCAAACCCAAGACGCCUGGGUUCGUUCGAAACCCAGUAGCCUGGGUUUUGAACGAACCUAGAGCCUGGGUUCGAUCAAACCCAAGACGCCUGGGUUCGUUCGAAACCCAGAGCCUGGGUUUGAUCGAACCCAAGAUGCUUGGGAAACCCAGGCACUGGGUUCGUUCGAAACCCAAGCUGCCUAGAUAUUGUAUAGUAGAUGGGGAAGAUGAAAGAUUUUGCUGUUCAGGUCGAGGAAGCAAGAGAAGGACAAGAUGGGAAACCGUCGGUUGGUCCUAUAUACCGCAACCUUCUUUCCAAAAAUGAGUUUCCUCUACCUGAUCCUGACAUGGCUACAACUUGGGAUAUUUUCAGUUUAACAUCUUUAAGCAAACUACUUCAGUAUAACGGGUGAAACUAUUACACUAGAAGUAGAAGAAGAAAUUAUCACAUGUAAAUGAAGGUUUUAUUGUCUAUUAUGAUGAUUUUGCUGUGAUAGUUUAUUUGAAUUACACUUUUAUGAUGAAGCUCACUUUGAGCAAGCAUUGGCCUAAUCCUUGUUCUUACUUGUCUAAAAAGCAAGCAUUCCUCAUCUCGUUUUCUUUUUUAUUUUGUUUUGGCCGCCUUCAGGUAGGGCCUUAUGUGAGACAUAUAAAGAAGUUUAUGAUGA